UCUCUCCAGUAACAAAAACUUCCUAAAUUAGAAACCCUAAUUCCCCAAAUUCUUAAUCUCUUUUUACUGUCGAUUUUUCACUUCGCAAAGUUAUAAUGGCUGGGGAAAGGAAUGAGUACGGAAAGCGUUCUCGCUCGAGAUCGGAACAUAAUGAUGAUAGUAAUAAAAAUGAUAGAAGUAAGAGAAGAAGUAAAGGUGAAUUUAAAGGAAGGAUAAAUAUAGCCGCAGACGAUACAGUAUAUCGUUACUUAUGUCCCACUAAGAAAAUCGGAACUAUAAUGGGAAAAGGUGGGGAUAUCGCUAAGCAAUUGAGGUCCGAGACUAAUUCUAAGCUCGACAUUGGUGAGACGGUGUCAGGGUGUGACGAACGUGUGAUUACUAUAUAUAGUGUUAGUGAUGAAACGAAUGAUAUUGAUGGUUUUGACGAGCGAGUUUGCCCUGCUCAAGAUGCGUUGUUUAAAGUUCAUGAUAGAGUUGUUGAUGUGGCUGGUGACGGCGGUGAUGAUGAUGGUGAGGAGGAGGAGGCGGCGGCAGUACAGGUUACAGCGCGUUUACUUGUGGCGACUGAUCAGAUUGGAUGUGUUAUUGGGAAAGGUGGACAUGUGGUUGAAAGUAUUAGGAGUGAUACGGGUGCACAGAUUCGCAUUAUGAGGGAUAGGCAUAUGCCGACUUGUGCGUUGCCCUCUGAUGAACUUUUGCAGGUAUCUGGUGAAGCUUCUCAUGUGAGAAAGGCUCUCUUCCAACUAGCAUCUCGUCUUCAUCACAACCCAUCACGGUCUCAGCACUUACUCACUUCCUCCAAUGCUAAUAUGUAUCUUUCUGGUGGUUCUGUUAUGGGAACAACUGGUGCUCCAAUUAUAGUUGCUCCAUAUAGUGGCUAUAAAGGUGAAGAUCGAGAUUGGGCUCGUAGCCUUUACCCAGCUCCAAGGCGGGAUUCUUCUUUAAAGGAAUUUUCUCUUCGUUUAAUUUGUCCUGCUGCAAGUGUUGGGUCUGUAAUUGGCAAGGGGGGUUCCAUAAUCAAUCAAAUCAGACAGGAAUCUGGAGCAACUAUCAAUGUUAAUUCUUCAGCAGCUGAUGCUGAAGAUUGCAUAAUAUCUAUUUCAUCAAAGGAGAUGUUUGAAGAUUCAUUUUCUCCAACUAUAGAAGCAGCAAUACGCCUGCAACCCAGGUGCAGUGAUACAGUUGAAAGAGAUUCAGGUCAUGCUUCAUAUACAACCCGUUUACUUGUGCCAACCUCUCAAAUUGGCUGCCUAAUUGGGAGAGGAGGAGCAAAAAUCACUGAAAUGAGGAGAACUACUAGAGCUAAUAUUAAAAUAUUUUCAAAAGAAAACAUUCCCAAAGUUGCUGAAGAUGAUGACGAGAUGGUACAGAUUAUUGCCGAACUUGAUCUUGCUAAAGAUGCACUAAUACAAGUAGCCACGCGAUUAAGGGGUGAUCUUUUUGAAAGAGAAGGCGCCUUGUCUACAUUUGUUCCUGUUCUUCCAUAUCUUCCGAUGGCACCUGAAGCACCUGAAAUUUCAAGGUAUGAAAGAAGAGACUCCAAAGGCCAUGGACGUGGAAAUUCUUAUUCUGGCAGAUAUGGUUCAUCAACUGAUCUGCCACAUAAUGAUGCGUACAGAGGCUAUGACAGCUCACAGGGACGAACUAGCGCUGCUGAUUAUGGAGCCUAUGGUGGUCAUUCUUCAGGGCGUAGUAGUACUUAUGGUGGAUCUAGGCAUGAUCCUCCCUCUAGGAGAAGAUACCAUCCUUAUUGAAUCCUCUGAGCCGCAGCCCACAGCUGCGAUAUUCAAAGCCUGAAGCCAGCCCACAAAGCCUUAUACCUAAACCAGAAGACCAGAUGAACCAGAGCUUACAAAACUUAUGGCUCACCUCUUAUGAUUUCCAAAACGGACCAUUGUUCGAAGGUCAUUUUAUUUUCUACCGAUAUUAUUGCCCAUCCCCCGACUCUACUUUUCCAAACUCCGUUUCUUUUGUUCCAAAGAACCUAGCCUUGUCCAACGUUUCAAUCCUACAACAGUUUGUGGUACUUGCUAUAUAAUAGCAGUCUUGAGCAUUUAAAUUUUAUUUCGGUAGAUUAUUUGCUAAUAUUUGCAAAGCACAUAAUAGCUGUUUGCAGUUUCUAUGGCAUCCAGCAAUCUGCUUAACCAUAGGUUGCAUAAAGCGUGGUUGGGUAACAAGUUAAAAUGGGUCAAGGUCCAGUCGGUUAACCUGAAACGCUUUUUGUCUAGUAACUCAAUUUUUUUUGAUAAAUAAUUUGUGUCAAGUGUGAUACAAAAAUCAUUUAUUUCUGUAAUAACCUUGUGAUAAAAUCUAUUUAUUAAAAUAGACUUUGAGUGUGUUUCAGCUAAUACAGUUCAUCCAACUUGUUUUCUUCAUGACUAUUUUUCGUAAAUAUAUUUAACCUAUUAAGUCUUUUCUGAGAAAAUCAUAGCUUGAGUUGACCAAUGACCUGUGAUUCAUUCACGACUCGAAAGCUGAGAACCGAGUCAUUACUUUACCUGUGUGUUUUGAUAUGACUUGUACGAGAUGUCUCAUGACUCGUACAAGCCUAACAACUAUAGGACUUUAUUUUUCGAUUUGUUUUUUAUUGUCAUUAUAAACAGAGGGGUAGAAGGGGAAUUGUAAGUUAAAUUAGUUGGCAACUACAUAUUACAUAAUAUAGCAGAUUAAUAUGGGUUUAAUAUGGAUUUCCUGAUGGAAAAGCAUUCCGGAAUCCAGUUAUUUAAAUUCUUUGUUAGUCCACUUAAAUUUUUUGGGAGUGUGUUGUCAAGUUUCAUUAGGGAGGAAAAGGAAAGAAAGUGAAGUGAUUUUAAAUAUGAAAGUCUUCUUGAGUUUUUAUUUCAAAGAAAAAUUAAAAUAAAGCACGAGGUAGGAAUCGAGGGGGGAUAUAUAGGAGAUUUUGCUUUACAAACUUUUUAUUGCAAAAAUGGGAUGAUUAAAAAGGGAAAGAAGGUGAGACCCUUAUCAUUUAUUCUCUUCUUUAGUCAUUACAUCUUUCUCUCAUGGAAAUAACUCUAGGGAUUUCGCUAUUCUGGUCCUUGCUCUACCAUACUGCUAAUUUUAUUGAAACCACUUAAGUAAUUUAUUGCUACUAGUGCUUAACUGUGUACGUAUUAUUGAUACUGGUGGUUGGCUGUGCACUUAUUAUUUCCUUCAUUAUCUUUGGUUUUUAUCAUUUAUCAUCCUGACCUUGUGUCUGUCAGUCUGUGGAAGCCUUUUCCAGGCGUGAUGGAUAUUCAUAUAUAAAUCUGUUUCUUUAGAUAAAACAAUACCAUAUACGACUAAGGACUAUGAACUCUUUUGUGAAGCCGAGGUUUUACAUUUGCUUAUUUUUAUAAUAUGCUUUACGCCAAGUGUUACUACUUUAUUUGUCUGUUCAAUAUACCAUCACCACUUUAAGUAAUACUGAGUUUCCGAAAAGCAAA